GGAAUGAAAACAUCGUCACCGUCUGGUCGGUGCAGCUGUUUUUCUAAGGAGAAAGAUUGGGAUAAACUGGCGAGUUCUCGGUUCCUUUUAGCUUCGUACUAACGAAUCUAGCAAACGGUGCAAUGUUUUGCUGUCUCAAAAACUGCCUCAACGGAGUGCUGCCAGCGCAAGCAGUUCACAUCAAGAAAUCUUCCAAUCCGGUCCAGCUCGACACAGCACACAUGGGCCACGAAGUGGUGAUAAUAAAGAACGGCUUGCGAGCGUGCGGAACAGGUGGCGUUUUGGCGAAUGCGCCACUCGUACAGUCGAAAUCGUACUUCGAGGUCAAGCUCCAGCAGUCUGGCCACUGGUCAGUCGGCCUGGCGACACCAAAUGCCGACCUCAAUCAGAAUGUUGGCGGGCAGGAUAAGGAGUCGUGGUGCCUAACUUCCAACCAUCUGGUGCUUCACGGUGGUGACAUUAUGCACCGGUUAGUCGACAGCAGCGCUGAGCCCACCGAUCCGACGCACGUCGUCGAUCCAUCGUCGAGUGAUCGAUCGAUCGAACUGAUGACACCCGCUUCGGCCCCAGUUUUUCCUGCACCCUCAUCACUUGGCACCGGGCCCGGCCAUAGCAGCGGUGUGCCGCAGGAAGGGGACACGAUAGGUGUGGCGUACGAUCACGUGGAGCUCAAUUUCUACCUAAACGGGCGCAAUCUGAACGUACCGGUGCUAAACGUGCGAGGUGCCGUCCAUCCCUGCCUCUUUGUCGAUGACGGUGCGAUCCUCGAUAUCGUACUGGAAAACUUUUCCUACGGACCACCGGCCGGUUUCGAGCGGAUCUUGAUCGAACAGUCGUUGCUUUGAGUUGUCUCUCCGGCCGUCGUUGCCACGGUAACGCCGCAUUUGUGCGCCGAAGUUGGCCCAACUUUCCCUUCUCUCUUUCUCUGCUGUGAGGUUCCGUUUUAUUCCAUUUUCACUUGUUAACAAUCGUUUUCGCGGUUUGUUGUUGCUAGGGUACACAAUUGGAUGAUGAUGAUUGUUAAAUAGUCUGCGCGAGUCGAGUCGAAGGACCACUGCGAAACUUUCUUCCUAACCGGAUGUCUUUCACAGAAAGAAGCCUACUACAACGAAAAAAAAACGCUCUAGCCUUACUCAGCUACCUAUCUGUAUCCUUAAUCGCCAGCCUCCAACGAACGCCCAACCCGUGUGAAUGUUAUGGGACGACAGCAAUCAGAAGAAAUAGGUAUCUCUAACAUUCCCCUGGCCGCGACGUGGUACCAAAACACGAGAAGAACCUCUCAUCCUCAUCUACCCCGAAACCCAAAGGCUUUGUACUGACCGUGUAGGUAUUAUUAUUAACAAAAAACGAUGGUCUAA